ACUGAUUUAAUAACAUGAUAAUUUUUUUGUUAAUUAGAAUCUUAAAGCUGCUCAAAAUAAAAUUAAUCAUCUUGAAGAUGAAAUACAAGAAUCAAGAGAAAAUUAUAUCGAUCAUGAAACUACUAUGUUGGAGAUCAUACAAUCUGCUUUUACUUCUCUCCAUCAUCUUCAAAAAACCACAGGAGAACAAACCAAACAAAAAUUACAAAGUAUUGAUGCAAUGUUAACAGCGUUACGUUCCGAUUUUAUAAAGUUAGAUUUAAAAGAGGAUGUGGAUCAUCUUUCUUGGACUAUAUCACACUAUCAAAACGAAGCUGAACAUUACAACAAAUCAAUUGAUAAAAGACACAAACAAAUUCUACGACUUUUACACUCCAAUCAGUUUGUUGAAAUAUUAAGUACAGAUUAUGUAUUGGAACCAAACGUAACUGAACAACCAAAUUUAAUGCUUGAUUUGAUUGCGAAAUUAAUAACUAUAUGUAGAAACAAUAAACGAAGGAAUCAAAAUAAUCCAGAUUUCAAUUUUUUUCAAGGAUGGGGUCUUCAAGAUGAAGCAUGUGGUGGUGGUUAUUACUCAAAUGAUUUACCUCAACCACAUAGAGAAUUCAAUUAUUUAAAUGAUAGUUUUAAUGAGGAUCUUAAUGAAAAUUCAGAUGAAACUCUAAACGAAGAAUGUGAAAGUUUUGAACCAUAUAUAGAGCCAUCAGAUGAAGAUUUUCCCCCGUUAUGUGGAUUAAGCCGACGAAAAUUAAAAAAGAUAAAAGCUCGUGAUGAAUUUGAUACUUUUGUUACAAAAAUUCAAAGUUUAUUGCCGCUUUGUACGACUACGCAAAUAAAUGGAGCGAUUAAAGUUGUACAAUCCCAAAAAAACGUUAAUUUUAAAGAGAUAAUGCUUGAAGAUGUCGUUGAGUAUUUAAAAUCAACGUUUAAAAGUAGCAUAAUUGAUGAUGCCACCAAUAAUAUUUUACGUUUUUGGGAAAAUGAUUCGCAAUCAGACAAGAAUACUCAAUCUGAGAUUAAUGCAUGCCCAAUUUGUUUAGAUCAAAUCGAGCAAAAUGAGAUGCCGUUAUCGUGUGGGCAUUUAUUUCACAAUAACUGCAUUAUGGAGUGGUUAAGAAACAAUGGUAGUUGCCCGAUAUGUAGAGUUACCAUUAAUUAUAAUUAUUUGCCAUUUUAAAAGAAAGAAUAGUUUUAAGGAUUAUUUUUGAAAA